AUGAACAUCCCCUCUUGGUUCCGUUGCCAGGUGGCCAACAUGUCCAACCCUCUCGACGGCGCGGUCUACGGCGCGCGGCUGGCCCCCAUGGGGGCACCCCACGGCGAGCGGACCCCCCGGGUCCCCGGGGACCCCUGGGGCCCCCAGGAGGAGAGCAAGCCCUGCCUGGAGCCCCUGGAGCGCGGCCUGCCGGGCCUCUACCUGUCCUGCUUCGACAUGCUCCUGACGGAGGACGCCACCUGGCUGCUGAAGCUGUCCGACGGCGCCGCCGCCCCCGCCGCCCUGUUCCCCCCGGGGCACCGGGCCCCUGGGGGCCUGGCGCCGGAGCCCAGCAGGGGGGAGCCGGAGCAGUGCCCGGUCAUCGACAGCCAGGGCCCGAGUCUGUCCCCGGGGGACCUGAGCGGCCAGGAGGAGGAGCGGUCCCUGGAGCAGGUCCAGACCAUGGUGGUGGGCGAGGUGCUGAAGGACAUCGCCACGGCCUGCAAGCUGCUGAACAUCACCCCUGACCCCAUCGACUGGAGCGCGGCCAACGUGCAGAAGUGGCUGCUGUGGACCGAGCACCUGUACCGCCUGGCCCACGCCGGCCGCGCCUUCAGCGACCUCAGCGGGAAGGACCUGUGUGCCAUGAGCGAGGAGGACUUCAGCCAGCGGGCCCCCGAGUGCGGGGACACCCUGCACGCCCACCUGGACAUCUGGAAGUCAGCCGCUUGGAUGAAGGAGAGGUGUUCCAUCGGCGACGCCAAAGCCACAGGUGGAGAGGAGCUGUGGUCCGAGGCGGACUCCUCCUCCUCAGGUCAGCCCAUCCACCUCUGGCAGUUCCUACGAGAACUCCUCCUGAAGCCCCACAACCACGGACGCUGCAUCCGGUGGCUGAACAAGGAGAAAGGCAUCUUCAAAAUCGAGGACUCGGCCCACGUGGCGCGGCUCUGGGGUCUGCGGAAGAACCGACCGGCCAUGAACUACGACAAACUCAGCCGCUCCAUCCGCCAGUACUACAAGAAGGGCAUCAUCCGCAAGCCCGACGUGUCCCAGCGGCUGGUCUACCAGUUCGUCAACCCCGUGUGAGGCAGUCGCCCGCAGCGACGCGGAGAGAGACGGGUGCCGAGGUUUACUGAAGGGCUGCGCUGCUCUUCACUGAGCUGGAGGACGCACGAGCACGGUGGGCUGCGCCGAACUGAAUGCACUGACCCGGCCCGGACCCGGCCCUUACCCCCGGGGCCGAGCCCUCAGCCCCGGCCCGCACCGAGCCCUGUCAGCUGGAGACCUACGGCGGCUGGACGAGCAGACGCCACCCAAAGAACUGAGUAAAACACAGGUGGUAGAUCACGCCUACGAUCAGGUUCCGUUAAAGACGGCGCGACUAUAAUGAUGUAAAAAGGAAAGGGACCAAAACAAAGUCAUGACAAGUUGAUUCUGCCUGAACUGCCUGCGUUGAUUUUAUUUUUUUUAUUUUUAUAAUAAUACAACCAACCGUCCUUCUGAACUCAGUGUAGAUUAAAGCUACCUGGUGGUUUCAUACUGCGUCACACCCUCAUGGGGACAGAUCCGCCCUUAUGGGGACUCAUCCAUCAGUCGGUGUCCCCGUCAAACCGCUGAAGGCUGGA